CUUUAGCCGUGCUGCCGCUAUUGUUGCUUUGCUUUAAAUAAAUAAGUAAAUAAAUAAAGCAGUUAAAUGGUUAAAUAAAAGUUUAAAUCCUGCAGCUCCCGUGGUAACAAAAAAAGUACAAACUACCUCUUAAUCACCCGAAACGCUGAAGCUGAAGGACUUGAGUGUUGCUAAGAGGAACAAACAAUGAACGAUGACACCAACAAACUGUUGGACAGAGUUGCAAAAAAGAUGGGUUGGACGCAAAAAGGAGCAAUGGACAGGGCAGAAGAAAAGUUAAUUAAUGCAAUUGGUAAGACUCGCCAUGCUGGCACCAGUGAUCGUGAAGCCAUGGAUCCAACCUCUGCAUUUGGAAGUGAGGAAGAUCCAGAGAAGGAGAACCAGGGCUUCACAUGCAAGGCUUUGAUCGUAUCUAGUGAUGAUGACUCUGACAACUUCCUUUUUGGCAAGGCUACACCCAGAUUGAAGACUACCUCUCAGAAACCACGUGGAGACUCAAAGAAGGACAGUGUUCAAGUGGUAAGCUCGGAUAGUGAUGACAGCUUUGAGAAAUUUCUGACACAAAUGAAAACCCCUAAAGCCAAGCCUUUGAAAGCAUCAAACAGGAUCAGUGAAGACAGCCUCAAAAACUUCAUAGUGGCUGACUCGUCAUCUGAUGAUGACUUUAUUGUGCCAAAGUCAUCUUCUAAAGUUGUGAAAAACAGUAAUCCUCCAGCAUCUCAGCAUCGCCUCAGGACACCGCUCUCUCAGUGGGUUUCCCCCAUCUUUGUUAGUGACAGUGAUGGUGAAGAUGAUGACAAUAUUGUAAUCAAGAGCAGUUGGAGAACAUGUCAUCCCCCGCCAAAGGUUACCAGUGAAAACGCUCCUCUGUGUGAUCAAGCGGGAGAUUUUCCGUCACCAUACUUGCCUCCUGUUUCUCUCCUUUUCUGCCAAACUCCAGCAUCACUGGCAUCAACCACAAGUUCUACCACAUCUAAGCGCACUGUGUCUGCACCUUCUAACCUGGAAGAAUCAACCAGUUCUGAAGAGGAGUUCACAUCCCUGUUGGAGAGACUGAAACAGAAAAACAAGCUUAUUGACACUCCGCUCUUGCCUAAGAAAAAAGAAGAAGGAUUUGUGGAACCUGCCCUAAAAAAUUUGCCAACUUUUGAGAGACGUAAAGCACCAGGCUCAAGUUCAUUAGGUGAAAUGCCGCUGGAUUUUAAAUCUCCAGGGAAAUGUGCCACAUUCAAGCCGACAGUCAGUCAGACGGAGCCGAGACACGGCCCCAGCAGCAGAAUAGCACAGUGUAAAACACCAGGGUGCUUCUUACAGUGCCUCUUAAACCCAGACUACAGCCGCAGCUUUAAGCAGAACAAAGAAGAGCUUACUAACAAACUCUACCGGCUGUACAACAACACCGUCUUUGACAACAAGCUUCCCAUCAACAUGUCACUGACUUGGAAUAAAAAGAUGCGGAAAACUGCUGGCUACUGUGUCACUGGGCAGGAGCGAGGAGGAGGAAGUCGCUACGCCAAGAUUGAGUUGUCAGAGAAAGUCUGUGAUUCUGCAGAGCGUCUGAGGGACACUCUGAUUCAUGAGAUGUGUCACGCUGCUACCUGGCUAAUAAACGGCGUGAGGGACGGACAUGGAAACCUCUGGAAGCUGUAUGCUAAGAAGGCCACGUUGAUGCAUCCCGAGCUGCCCCUGGUCACUCGCUGUCACAGCUACGACAUCAAAUACAAAUACCAGUACCAGUGCACCCGCUGCCAGAACACGAUCGGGCGGCACUCCAAGUCACUGGACACACAGAGGUUUGUGUGCGCCUGCUGCAAGGGACAGCUCGUCUUACUCACACCUUCUAAGCCGCGUACACCGACACCUUUUGCCAACUUUGUCAAAGAAAAUUAUGGGAGCGUACGACAGGAGCUAGCAGGACAGAGCCAUGCGGAAGUCAUGCGUAAGCUUAGCGUAGACUUUGCCACCAAGACCAGAGUCAGUCAGAGCUGAGGUGCUGGACACUUUUCCACUUUGGAAGGUCCUCAGUG